CUGAUCAGUCACUGGACAUGCAAACAUCAAAAGAGAUGCACGGAACCAUAAUGCUGAUAUUGGCGCUGGGCAGCCUGCUCUCCCUUAUGGGAUUCAUUCGGGCAGAGGAGGCGCCACUUUUCGACUGCAGUGUGAAGUUCAAGUGCUCGGCGGAAAAGGACUUUGUGUGGGCCACAGCCGACGAGCGCUGCUUUGUCUUUCACAAUAAAUGUCUGAUGAGGGUGGAGCAGUGUGCUCGUACUGUCAGUGGAAAAACGGAGCUGAUCGAAACGGAUAGGGAAACCUGCAAGCCGAACUGCAACAAAAUCUGCCUGGACUUGUACGAUCCGGUGUGUGCGCAGAUCUUCCAGGAGGAGUACAUCACAUUUAGCAACGAGUGUGAGAUGCGCAACUCACUUUGCGAGAAUGAGAGACCUUACUCUUACUAUGCCACGGGGGAAUGUGUCGAGAGUCCAGUGGGAUAGUUAAUCACAAUAAUAAUGUGUAUAUGUGUUGUAGGCAAAUUAAAGCAUUCUGACUACAGAA